AUGGCUAAUUGGCAUAUUGGUAAUGAUAUUAGCACAACAACUCGUAUGUUGUGCUAUGCAAUGGUAACCCUUUUAUUCCUGCCUCAUACAAAUCCACAAUCAUUCAGCUAUAACUCCUUUGCUAAAGGUGAUCUACAGCUGAAACUGGAAGGAGAUGCAGAAGUUUCACGUUCAGAAAUACGAGUAACUCUGAGCAGUGUAGGACAAAGCAACAGUUACAGUGUUGGAAGAGUCACACGUCUUCAAAAGAUGCACCUAUGGGAUAUGAACUCUAGAAAACUCACUGACUUCACAACCAAAUUUUCAUUUGUUGUUUUCUCAAAUGACAAUCCUUACGGAGAUGGGUUGGCAUUCUUUUUGGCAGAUCCAAUGCUUCCUCUUUUAACUGACAUUGUAGAAGGAGGUGGUCUUGGCCUUGUGGAUGGUAAACAAGUGUUGAACUCAACACCCUACUCAUUUGUGGCUGUGGAGUUUGACACCUUCAAGAAUUCAUGGGACCCUGACAACCCUCAUGUAGGUGUGAAUUUCAACUCUAUGAUGUCUAAUAUAACUGCUCCAUGGUUGAUUGAUAUGCCAGCAAAUAAAGUUUAUGAUUGUAGCAUUGAUUACAACUCCUCCACCUAUAAUUUAAGGGUGUCUUUCACUGGCUACCAUGACAGCACUGGUGCUGUAGUAGAAAACAGCAUUUCAUACAAGGUUGAUUUGAGAGAUCAUUUACCUGAGUGGGUUAUGUUUGGCUUCUCAGCCGCCACGGGUAGUUCUUUUGAGGUGCAUGUUCUAAAGUCAUGGUCAUUUAGUUCAAGCUUACAACUCAGUGAUGCUACUGGUGGUAAUAAACUGGCUGUGGGACUAGGAAUUGGGAUUGGUUUGUUUGUGAUUUUGCUAGUAUUGGCUGGUUUUUUAUUGUGGAAAAGGACUAGAGGAAUUACGGAAGAAGUCUUAGAAUGUGAUCUAAACAUGGAUGAUGAAUUCCAAAAGGGAAUUGGGCCCAAGAGGUUUUGCUACAAUGAAUUGGAAAGUGCAACAAGUAAAUUUUCUGAGUCUGAGAAGCUUGGACAAGGUGGUUUUGGUGAUGUCUAUAAAGGUUUUUUGAAAGACUUGAACUCUUAUGUUGCUAUCAAGAGGAUAUCGAAAGAGUCUAGGCAAGGGAUUAAGGAAUAUGCAACUGAAGUUAAGAUCAUUAGCCAAUUGAGGCACAAGAAUUUGGUACAGCUCCUUGGUUGGUGCCAUAAGAAAAAUGAUCUCAUCCUUGUAUAUGAAUUCAUGACAAAUGGUAGCUUAGAUUCUCAUUUAUAUGGAGGAAAAGGCUUCUUGACAUGGCCAGUAAGGUACAACAUAGCUCUAGGCUUGGCUUCAGCAAUGCUGUACCUGCAAGAAGAAUGGGAACAAUGUGUUCUUCAUAGGGAUAUUAAAUCAAGCAACAUAAUGUUGGAUUCAAGUUUCAAUGCUAAGCUUGGUGAUUUUGGUUUAGCUAGGUUGGUGGAUCAUGAAAAAGGGUCACAAACCACACUUAUAGCUGGGACCAAGGGGUACAUUGCACCAGAAUAUGUCAUUACAGGCAAAGCUUAUAAGGAAUCUGACAUAUACAGCUUUGGGAUUGUUCUAUUGGAGAUAGCAAGUGGAAGAAAACCCGUUGACCUUAAAGCCAAGGAGGGUCAAAUAACCAUAGUUGAGUGGGUUUGGGAGCUCUAUGAAUUGGGAGAGCUAUUUAAAGUAGCAGAUCCAAGGCUAUGUGGAGCAUUUGAUGAGGAACAAAUGGAACGGUUAGCAGUUAUAGGCCUUUGGUGUGCUUUCCCAAAUUAUAGAAUCAGGCCUUCUAUGAUGCAAGUGAUCCAAGUGCUCAAAUUUGAAGCUCAAUUGCCUAUUCUGCCGAAGUGGAUGCCUGUGACAACUUGUUAUCCUUUGACAAUCACAACUUUUUCAUCAGUUUAA